AUGAAUUCGGAAGCGCGGCCACCUAGCGCGCAGACGCCCUACCCAUUGCUUGCCGAGUCGACGGCGUAUCGUAAGGUGUUGAAACAGGUGAGCGCCGGCGUAUUGGGACAACACGGAUUCGACGCAGUGCCAGCGAUUGGUCUUGAUUCGAUCGCGCGCGUGAUGGAGACUUACCUCCUGGCGCUUUGUGAUGGGACGAAGCACGCCGUUGAGAGUGCUGGCCGUUCUGCGCCUACAGUCACGGAUGCGAUGGUCUCCUUUGCCAACUUGGGCAUUGAUCAAGAAGCGUUCAUCCAGCACUGCUACCGAAACAAAAACGAAGUUGUUUCCAUCCCUACGCCACGUCAAGAGAACCCUCAGCGGACGCAGAACACGCUUCAGGUCGGAAAGACGCGCCUCCAUCCGCCGCACGUCCCAGAAUCGUUGCCGCCAUUUCCGGAUCCGCACACUUACAUCAAAACGGAGAUCUGCGCCGAUCCGGAGAUCAGCUACGAAAAGGUGCGCGACCAGAUGGCGCAAGGCCAGCGCGAUGCCGUGAGAAACAUUGUCGAUCUGAUGCAACGCCAAUACCCGUCGACCUGCCUCUUCCGCGACUACAUGGAGCAGACGAAGAAAUGGGCCGAGAAGACUGUUGUUGAAGGUGAAGAAAGACGUCGGCGUGAGAAGCAGCGGCGCGGUUUGGCGAACAGCAACUCGGGAGCGGCCCACAUAAAAACGGAGCAGAGCGACGACGCGAUGGAAAUCGGAGGUUCUGAUGUGGCCGAGGGCUCGAGAACGGGUCGUCAUUUGUACGAAGACGACGAUCAGUAUGGAUUGCCCGAAAACGUGUCCACGUUGAUCCGACGCAAGAUUCCGGUCUACUGUUCUAUUCUCGACCUUCAACCCGAAUUCCGGCCCUAUUUGAACUGCUUGGCCACCGAUGAUGAUGCCAAGGAUGAUGACGGCGACCUGAAACGCGAGCCCGUCAAGCGGAAAGCAAAGGAUGAAGCUUCUGAGAAUUCCGACAAUCCCUUCUUCCGGCAGCCCCGCGUCGCGCAAGAGCCCGUCAGAGUGAAGAGCGAAGGCAGCGAGAUGGAAACC